GCGUGCGAGUGAACCUUCCCGUCGGAUGCGCUUGUUGAUAGUUACGGCCCGAAAUAAUGCUGAAAAUUACGCUAAUUACGUUAAUUUAACCAACGCCAGUCGAAAAAAGAAAAACCGCAAGUGAUAGGUUAAGAAGUGAAGUGUCAAAUAGACGUUUUACGUGAAAAUGCGUGGAAAUACGUAUACGUGACGUUUAGUGUGUCAACAAUGGCCGCUGUGAAAAAUCUGACUGUCUUCAGUGAAAUUUGUGGUUGUGAGUGAAAAUGCGAAAAUUCUGUUAAUUGGAGUGAAUAUUACGCGUUUUUUGUGUGAAAAAUACAUCAUAAACUAUGGCUGAAGGAAAUAAUCAACGGUGUCCGAAAAUCAUGGUUUUUCGCCCCACGUGGGAGGAAUUCAAAGAUUUUUCCAACUAUGUUAAGCACAUGGAGUCCAAGGGGGCACACAAAGCAGGUUUAGCCAAGGUCAUCCCGCCCCCGGAAUGGGUUCCCCGCAAGCACGGCUACGACAUCGAAAACCUGAACGUCACCAUCCCCGCACCCAUUUGCCAGGUCGUCACCGGCAAGCAGGGCCUCUAUCAGCAAAUAAACAUACAGAAGAAGGCGAUGACGGUGCAACAGUACCGCGAUCUCGCAAACUCCGAGCGGUACGCCACCCCCCGCCAUUUCGAUUACGAGGAUCUGGAGCGCAAGUACUGGAAGAAUAUCACGUAUGUCGCGCCGAUUUACGGCGCAGACGUGAGCGGAAGUCUGACCGAUACGGAUGUUAACGAAUGGAACAUUAACAAACUAGGCACCAUACUCGAUUUCGUGAACGAAGAUUACGGAAUCUCGAUAGAAGGCGUUAAUACGGCCUACUUAUAUUUCGGUAUGUGGAAAACCACCUUUGCCUGGCACACCGAAGACAUGGACCUCUAUUCCAUUAACUAUCUACAUUUUGGCGCCCCUAAAACAUGGUACUCCAUACCACCUGAGCAUGGCCGAAGAUUGGAAAGGUUGGCAAACGGGUUUUUCCCCGGUUCAUAUAAAACUUGCCAGGCCUUUUUGCGUCACAAAAUGACGCUGAUCUCUCCACAAAUAUUACGACAGUAUUCCAUACCAUACAACAAGAUCACUCAAGAAUCAGGGGAAAUAAUGAUCACCUUCCCUUACGGCUAUCACGCAGGUUUUAAUCAUGGCUUUAACUGCGCAGAAUCGACUAAUUUUGCAUGCGAAAGAUGGAUUGAGUACGGUAAAAGAGCAACACACUGUACUUGCAGCAAAGACAUGGUGAAAAUAUCCAUGGACACUUUUGUUAAAAGAUUCCAACCCGAUAGGUACGAAAUGUGGCUGAAAGGCGAAGACAUCGGUCCGCAUCCAGAGGAUCCCGACAGAAAGGUCGCCGCACCUUUACCGCUGCCGCAGGACAUCCUGUGUAACAAGAACAACACUUCCCUGCCGCAAUGUUUCCUGGAGGCGCCGAAAAAAGGUCGCGGACGAAUGAACUACUCACACAGCUUUCCAGAAUUUCCCGCGGAAUUGCAGCUGGAACUCAUGGAGGAGGACAAUAUGAAUUAUUCCGACGAAAUUGCCCCCGAUGAGCAGCAACUGGAAGUAUUGGAGGAUAUUUGGUUGAAAGCUGGGGAAAUAGAAGCGGAAGACGCGACGAUCUGCGACGCAGGUUACAACGUCAAAAACCGACGCCGCGGUUUUCACAACAAAAAGCGUCGCGUGCCGAAAGACGCCGCCGCCGCGGCGUCGUCUUCCAGCAACGUCAGAGGGCGACCUAGGAAGAACGCCAAAAAGUUCGUGGAAGACGAAACGGACGAAUUGACCGGAAUUUACGCGCCUUGCGCCAGCAAGAGUAAAAAGGUCUGCGGUCCUAUAGUAGCGCCCCUAUCGAUGCUCGAAGACACUAAAAACGAACUAGUAAAGUCCCUUGUGGCGCAAGAAACGGAACACGUUAUGGCGAAAAAGCAAAACAAACACAAGCACCGAGACCCAGAGAAAAAACACAAAAAACGCAAACACCAUCACCACCACCAUCACACCAACAACACCAAUGACACCAACCAAGAUAACGCCGAGUCGGUAAAGAAGGAACCCAACCCAGAUAUCAACCAGAUCAACGAUAUUAUCCGCAAAGCGGAAGAAGAGCACGCCAGAACUAAAAAUUACGCCGCCGACGUCAAAUACGAAAUUAAUAAUCAUAAAAGUAGCCCCAAUAGUAAUUUGAAGGCUUUCAGAAAGCCCAAAGAUUUAAUUUUACCAAAACAUGUUCAAACCAUCAAAACCUCGAAAGGUAUUAUAACGGUGUUGGAAAGUCGACCGGUUAUGUCGAAACCGAAACCUGUUUGCACCACUGUGUCCAGUACGGCCAGUACCAGUACUAGCACUGGCACCGGCACCGUCAUGAAGUACGAAAACGCGUUCCUUAACUUCCUCAGCGAGAAGGAGGCCCGCAAGAACGUCAAAAAAGUGACGAAACAAAAAGCUAAACAAACGACGGUUAAAAAAGAGGACGCAAACUCCGUGACGGCAAUGCCGGAACUCAGUUCCCCGCUAAAAGAAGAGUGUUACGUUAAGCACGACGAAAUGCCCGAGCUGGCGCCCAUCAGUUUGCAACAAAACGCGCAAAAUUUUGCGCAACCGAAUGUGCAAGAUUUUACGCAACCAAACGUGCAAGAUUUUACGCAACCAAUUGUGCAAGACUUCACGCAACAAAACGUGCAAACGGCGCAACAAAAUGAGGUGUACGUUUUAAAUCAGAACGACAAUUUGCAAGUGUUUAGCGUGCAAACGAACAGUCCCAACGGCAUCAAAACGGAAGACGCGAAACCCGCGGCUCCUACGGUGUAUUCCAUGGAGACCGUGCACCCGUUGUUUUUGCCGCCGACUGUACCUACGGUGGUGAAACCCCCGGAGCCGAAGCGCGGGCCCAACUUAAUUUGGAGCAACCAGAAUUUCUUCACAGUCAACAAAUUGAGCAGCACGACCUACUUGAACGACGACAGGUUUUACCCCAUGACGAGUAAACCUAUAAGCUUGUGCGGCAACGAAAAAGUCGUCGUGGAGACGGUACCGCAAGACGAGAUAGACACCGGGGCGCAUUUGGUUGCCGAUUUGAACGACUUUAACGAUUUCGUCGAGCACCAUCUGACGAAGAAGGAGGUGGUGUCGGAUUCCGACGAUACCGACGGCGAUUCGGACGAUAACGAUUACAGCACCUCCAGCAGUACCGUUAGCGCUUACUCGAGCGACUACGAAACCAGCGACGAUUCCGAUUGCGAAAUAUGCCGGGCAAAACGACCGACUGCAACACCCGAAGAAGCAAAACCUGUUUUAAAAGAGACCACGAACAACAUAAAUGCAGUAAAAAAACGGCGUUACACGAAGAAGAAAUUCACCAGUUUGACGGGGAAAAGUAAACUGGUGCAGCCGAAAAAAAUGGUGAUACGGAAGAAACACAUCAAACCCUCGCAGUUAAUAUACGGGGUGUCGAAAUGCGGGCGGCCUCGCAAAGACCUAAAAGAUCAGUACAAAAAAUUGAAGGACAAAAUCCGCGACUACCAAAAAAACCACUCCACCGCCACGAUAAUCGACGAUAAGCGCGACUUGAGUAUGUACUUGGACUUGAAACGCGAAACUUUGACGCCCAUGGAGGUCAAAGUUUCGGUUACCAACGUCCUCGACAACUUCUCCAAAGACGUUCAGGAUUAUCUGAGUCAGGGUUUAACUUUGUUCAAUGUGAGUACGUUGCCUAUAGUUGAGGACGCGGCCGGUGAUGGCGCUGACGAUGCUGCUUUAACGAUUUCGCCGCAACUAGAUAUCAAAGAGGAGAUGCAGGAGGAGGGGGAGGGGCAGAGUUGCUGCGCCGUGAAAGUCGAAAACGAGGCUGAUGACGCGCAGGCGGUUCCUAAGAAGGCCAGAAGCGAUAAGGAUGGCAAAAAAUUGCAGAAAAAAAUUUUAAAAGUGGACGAAAAAGUAUGGGCCCGCCACCGGAACGGCCGUUACUACAAAGGGAAAAUCGAGAGCAUGCGCAACGAGCCAAACAUGUGCGUUUUUUUCCUGGCCGAUCAAAGUUUUUCCAAGGACGUCAAGCUGAAGGACCUCGUCGAUUGGACGAAGAAAGCGCCGCCCACCAUUGGUCAACGCAUGAAGGUCAGAUGGUCGGACGGUGACGUUUACGACGCCGACUAUCUCGGAAAGAUCGACGUCUAUAUUUAUAUGGUUCAUUUCGAAGACGAUUCAAAAUUGGAAGUAACCAGAGAACAUAUUUAUUUAACGACUGAACCUAUUCCGAAGCGUAUUGCCACCAAACUGUCGUAUGCGAGCGACAUGAAAAACAGGGAUCAUUUGUACGAUUUAGAGAAACCGCUCCCUGAAAAGAGACCUGUCAAGAAAAAAGUAGUAGACGAAUAAAUAACUAACUUAAAUGUAUUAAGCAGAAUUAAAAUUUUGAAUUAUGUUGGAAAAGACUGAAUGCUAGAGAUUAAGGUUCAGCUUUGUUAAUUUUUUGUCCAAAUCUUUUUUAGUUUAUUUGUAGCUUUUUUUUCUUAAGUGAAAAAUUAAUUAUAAUUAGUUUUAUUCGAUUCAAUUUUAUUAUGAUUUGUGUGUGAUAAAAAUUAUAUUUAUUUAUAUGUAAAUAAGUAAAUAAAACGGUCGUAUUUCUAGUUAUAACCAUGUACAAUGAGUAAUUGUAUAAAAUAGAAAAAUAAAUUGUCACUUCUACAUUA